GAAGAUGUAAGAAGACAAGUACAGAUCGUUUUACUGGACAUAGAACUACAAUUGAAUUUAAUUUAAAUCUGUGUUUACGAAGAAGAUGGUGUGAGAUGUGAUGAAUUUUAAGCUGAAUCUAUAGUUUAAUUGAUAUUGUCAAGAUGCUCCACUUAAAAGACUACUGAUUUUUUGGUUUUUCAGGAUUUGAGUGGCUCGUCUAAUCUGAGGUCUUAUCUGGAGUCUGAAGAGGAGAUUUCUUAAUGCUUGGGGAAGUAUUUAAAUACUUUGAAGUGAUGGUAGUGCAUAUUAUGUGGCUCCUGAAGUAUUUUGACUGCAUUACGGAGCAGAAGCUGAUAUCUGGAGUGUUGAUGUGAUACUGUACAUUCUUCUUAGUGGAGUCCCAGCCACAUGGCAGUGUCACGUCUUGGUUAUGAAUUAUGUAAUAGCAAACUUGAAACCAACACAGGGAUUUCCAGUUUUGGCAGGGAAUCAAAUACUUAGCUUUUUUGUGUUGUUGAAAACGGUGCUCAAGUUGGUGCAAAUAUCUUAUCUUAUCUGGGAAUCUUUUUAGACCAAGCAAGAGCACUUGAUGAACUUAUUCCACACUGGAAACAACAACAGUAUUGUUGUUAAAGGAGUUGUUUGCAAGAAGAAUGUUUCCAACCGGCGGGUGACUUCAAAAAUUGAGAAGCCUCGUUUUCUUAUCCUUGGCGGAGCUCUUGAGUAUCAACGGGUGUCUAAUCAUUUAUCAAGUUUUGAUACUCUACUGCAGCAGGAAACAGAUCAUUUGAAGAUGGCAGUAGCAAAGAUAGUUGCUCAUCAUCCCAAUAUCUUACUGGUAGAAAUCAGUUCACGUUUCACUCAAGAAUACCUCUUUGAAAAAAACAUCUCUUGUUCUCAAUAUCAAGAGGCCUUUGUUAGAGCGCGUGUGGCACGCUGCACAGGUGCACAAAUAGUUCCUUCAAUUGAUCAUCUUUCCACUCAAAAGCCGGGUUAUUGUGAAGCAUUCCACAUGGAGAAGUUCCUUGAAGCACAUGGGAGCGCUGGGCAGGGAGGAAAGAAAUUGGUGAAGACACUUAUGUUUUUUGAAGGGAGCCUCAAGCCAUUUGGUUGUACUGUUCAAUAAAAUGGUCGCUUGCUUUGGAUAUGCAUCGAUGGAUGUUCACUCAGUAUACCUUCCACCCUCAAAACUUGAUUUCAGCUACGAAAAUCCAGAAUGGUUACAGAUAGAGGUCAAUCAGGAGUCUAUACAAAAAUGUACGGAGGAGUCUGCAAGUGGUGCAGAAAAGCUUGUAUCAACAAACUCAAAUUCCAAGCAAAGUGGUAAAGAUUCUCCCUGUGAUAAAAAGUGCAAGCUGGAUGGAAACAGUGAGCAGGUGGAUUCUUCACAGAUCAUAACACCACAGGGUCCAGGCCACAUCUUUUAUCAAGCUUAAGUUCAAAUGCCCCGACCAAUCCUUUGGAGACUGAAAACACAUGUGGGAGGGCAAUCUCAGAGGAUCAGUUUCCGAUUGUAGUGAACCUUGAUGCAGCAUGGACUAGUAAAAACAUGCCAGGGAGUACGAUACUGGAAUUAAUGGUGAAGUGGCAGCAGAUUCAUUAACCCAAGACAAAACUCAUAUGAAGUUGUUAAAGUUGGAAAAGCGUUUCGAAGACCUGGGUAUGGCUGAGGUCACUGAAUCUCAUCAUCCCGUGAAAGGAGCAGAUAACUCAGACGACAACAACACGGGUUGGAUUAGGAUGCCUCUGGGUGGUUUAUGAUUCAUUGAAUCUUCUUCAGUCGUUUCAUUCUUUCGAUGAAACAGAAGCCUCUGAAUCGUUUAGAAAUCUUGGGUCUAUGGAUAGUAGCAUUUUAUCCAUGUCUGGUCCUUGGAGCUCUUUGAUUCCAGUCCGCUCAAGGAGUUGCUUGUUAGAGUGGCAUUCAGUGACAAUGGUCCAUUUGGAAGGUGAAGUAUGUGCAAAGGGGUUUGAAGUCUUAAGGAGGACAUCUGAGCUAGAUUUCGUAAGGUCCCUGAAUCUCAGGGUGGUAAGAGCAACACCUAUUUUACUAAAUCACUGGACGAUCAGUUUAUCAUUAAAGGGUUAACGAAGAGAGAAAUAUGGUCAUUUAUCAAGUUUGCAGCAGCGUAUUUGAAGUUUUUAUCUGAAUCGAUUGCAACAAGAUGCACAACUUGCCUGGAUCUACCAGAUCCCUUUAUGGACUCAAGCAGGCUCCUCGGGCAUGGUUUCAGCGAUUUGAGCGGUUUAUUACUGGUUAUGGUUUUCGUGGCAGUAUUUGUGAUCCAUCCCUAUUUGUUUAUCACUCCGGUUCGGAAACUGCAUACCUACUACUAUAUGUUGAUGAUAUAAUCUUAACCGCUUCUACUGAUGCUCUUCUAGGUCAUUUUAUUGCCUUGAUGAAACGUGAAUUUUCUAUGACUGAUCUUGGCACGUUACAUCAAUUUCUGGGUAUUACUGUGACUCACACGGAUUCGAGCCUCUUUCUGUCACAAUCUUCAUAUGCGCAGGAUAUCAUCGCUCGUGCUUCGAUGACAAACUGCAAUCCAGUCGCUACUCCGGUAGAUACUCAAUCGAAGCUCGGUACUACAUCAGGACCUCCACUUCAGGAUCCAACUUUAUACAGAAGUCUAGCCGGAGAUCUUCAAUACCUGACUUUCACUCGUCCCGAUAUUUCAUAUGCCGUGCAGCAGGUUUGUCUAUUUAUGCAUGACCCUCGGGAAUCACAUAUGCAGGCUAUGAAACGCAUUCUCAGGUAUCUUCAGGGUACCCUUGAUCACGGACUACCACUAUCAGCUUCUACUAUUACUGGUUUGACUGCUUACUCUGAUGCUGACUGGGAGGGUUGUCCGGAUUCUCGACGAUCGACCUCAGGCUAUUGCAUUUUUCUUGGAGACAACCUGAUAUCUUGGUCAUCCAAACGACAAGAUAUCGUCUCUCGUUCCAGUGCAGAGGCCGAAUACAGAGGGGUUGCUAAUGCUGUUGCUGAAACUACUUGGUUACGCAAUUUGCUUCUCGAGCUUCACAUCCCUCUACGACGUGCCACUAUUGUCUACUGUGAUAACGUUAGUGCAGUCUACAUGUCAAGAGAUCCUGUUCAGCACCAACGCACAAAACAUGUGGAGAUUGACAUUCAUUUUGUACGAGAGCGGGUACGUAUCGGUCAUAUCCAUGUUUUGCACAUCCCCUCUGACAGUCAAUACGCCGAUAUCUUCACCAAGGGUCUCCCUCGAGUAUUGUUUGUUCGUUUCCGUUCUAGUCUCAACGUCUGCUCCUCCCCCGUUUCGAGUAAGGGGGUGUAAUAGACAAUAUAUUGUCAGAAUAUUUAGUUACCUUUCUG